AUGCAGUCAUGCCACGGCCACAGUCAUAGCCACAACCACAGCCACGGCCACAGUCAUAUCCACAACCACAGCUACGACCACGACCACGGCCUCAGCCACGACCACGACCAUAGUCAUAGCCACAACCACAGCCACGGCCAAAGCCACGGCCAAAGUCAUAGCCACAACCACAGCCAUGGCCACGGCCACAGCCAUGGCCACAGCCACGGCCACAGUCAUAUCCACAACCACAGCCACGACCACGACCAUAGUCAUAGCCACAACCACAGCCACGGCCACAGCCACGGCCAAAGUCAUGGCCACAACCACAGCCAUGGCCACAGCCACGGCCACAGCCAUGGCCACAGCCACGGUCACAGCCACGGCCACAGUCAUAGCCACAACCACAGCCAUGGCCACAGCCACGGCCACAGUCAUAGCCACAACCACAGCCACGGCUACAACCACGGCCACUACCACGGCCACAGCCACGGCCAUGGCCACAGCCACGGCCACAGUCAUAGCCACAACCACAGCCACGACCACGACCACGUCCACAGCCACGACCACAACCAUAGUCAUAGCCACAACCACAGCCACGGCCACAGCCACGGCCAAAGUCAUAGCCACAACCACAGCCAUGGCCACAACCACGGCCACAGCCAUGGCCACAGCCACGGUCACAGCCACGGCCACAGUCAUAGCCACAACCAUAGCCAUGGCCACAGCCACGGCCACAGUCAUAGCCACAACCACAGCCACGUCCACAACCACGGCCACAACCACGGCCACAGCCACGGCCACAGUCAUAUCCACAACCACAGCCACGACCACGACCACGGCCACAGCCACGACCACGACCAUAGUCAUUGCCACAACCACAGCCACGGCCACAGCCACGGCCAAAGUCAUAGCCACAACCACAGCCAUGGCCACAGCCACGGUCACAGCCACGGCCACAGUCAUAGCCACAACCACAGCCAUGGCCACAGCUACGGCCAAAGUCAUAGCCACAACCACAGCCACGGCCACAACCACGGCCACAGCCACGGCCACAGUCAUAUCCACAACCACAGCCACGACCACGGCCACAGCCACGACCACGACCAUAGUCAUAGCCACAACCACAGCCACGGCCACAGCCACGGCCAAAGUCAUAGCCACAACCACAACCAUGGCCACAGCCACGGCCACAGUCAUAGCCACAGCCACGACCAGACCUCCAGCCAGUCGUCAGAUAUGCGCAUAGCAACGAGGCGGCAGGACUCGAUAAGCGCGGCCACGCUCCGUCACGCGACUGGCAGCUGCGAGAGGAGCGCGGCUGAGCUCAUCCCGCAGCGCAGUGGGUUCCCGCCGCCCUCCGCCUCGGGGGAAAUCAGGCCGCAGACACCCGGGCUGUCUCAGGCCGACCCACACAGACCGCAGUUCUUCUCUAUCGCCGCGAGCAAGCGCUCCGCUCUUUGA